AUGAGCUGCAAUGGCUGCAGAGUGUUGAGAAGAGGAUGCAGUGAACAAUGCAUCUUAAGGCCAUGUUUGGAUUGGAUCCAAACCCCUCAAGCCCAAGCAAAUGCCACCCUUUUUGUUUCCAAGUUCUUUGGCCGCAGCGAUCUCAUGGCCUUCAUUUCUUCCGUCCCAGAAAGCAAAAGAUCAGUUUUGUUUCAAUCAUUGCUGUUUGAGGCGUGUGGACGGACGGUGAAUCCUAUUAAUGGAGCGGUGGGGCUUUUAUCCACCGGCAACUGGCACUUCUGCCAGGCGGCGGUGGAGAAAGUGCUCGCCGGUGGAACUCUCCGCCCGAUUCCCACUGGAGUUCUGCCGCCAAACUCAGCUGAAGCAUCUGCGGUAUUUGGCACUGGCGCAUGGUGGAUUAGCAAUAAAAACCAAAUUUCAAAGCCCAACCGCUUCAUGCAUGGACCGAGCAGUCUCGUCAUCAGUGAAGCUCCGCCACCGGAACUCAGGAUUAGCCCCGGUACCUGGAAUAACUUCCCGAUGAUGGAGAAGUCGGCAUCGCUUGGUUCCGGACUAUCGGAAUUAUCGCCGGGGUUUGAAGGGGAUGAAGAUGGGAUUAAAGGAGUUGGUAGCAAAGUGCCAAAGCUUCUCAACCUUUUCGCAUAA